GUACACUUAACCAUCAGACAGGAGAAGAAGAGCUGACAACAGUCACCAGCAGAUCUGAAGAAAUCUAGUUAUCUUAAAGUAGCCAACCCUCCUAAGAUGAAGACAUUCUGGUUUGCAGUUGCAGUGGCCGUCGUGCUCACAUGUAUCUGUAUUCAGGAGAGCUCUGCUGUCCCAGGUCCUGAAGUGCUGGAGCUGGAGGAGCCGAUGAGCGUUGAAAGUCUGGUUUCUGACCAGGAGGAGCCAUCAGAGGACUCAUGGAAGAUGCCGUCCAGCAUCAGAGAGAAGCGUGGCAUUAAAUGUAGAUUUCGCUGCCGCCGCGGUGUCUGCGGAUUGUCCUGCAAAAAGAGGAGAGGAUGAUUCCUACUCCAACAACCACUAAAUAUUCAUUUGAACAGAACUUUUCUCAAAGCAAUUGUAUUUAUUGCUUACAAAAUGUUGAUGAUGAAUGGAUUUGGUCGUGCUGUUCAUUUAAAAUGUAUCUGAUGUGAUCAUCCACAUUUGUUCCCAAAUGUCUGCAUAUACUUACUGUAAGUGUAUGAACAAUAAAUGUUACCGUCAUGAAAAUA